AUGAUUGAACAUGUGGCCAUCGACAGCGACCUACAGCUCGGUGAGAGCCUUGUUGAAAAAGACCGCGACAGUUCCUUGUGGGCUUCGGCCAUAUCACACAAACUAAUCUUGGCACACUCGAUUGCUGCGUUCCUGGCUGGAGGAGUUUUUGGAUACGACAGCGUCAUCAACGGAGCCUCCAUCUCCAUGCCUGCCUUUAUCCUUUACUUUGGCGAGCGCACAGCGACAGGAUCCUUGUUCGUUCCUUCUAUUUGGGCGUCGAUGUGGACUGCCAUGUCGUACUUGCUCCAAGCCAUCGGUGGAUUUGGCAUCGGAUUUCUCUCUGACCGGAUUGGACGCAAAUGGGCCUGCGUAGGCGCCGCUUGCAUCUCAACCGUGGGCGUUGGUGUUCAGUUCGCUGCCACAAACCGGGGAAUGCUUCUUGGUGGAAAGAUGAUCAACGGCUUAGCCAUCGGGUGCAUCUUCGCAUCGGCCACAUCUUGGGCAUCCGAAAUCUCGCCCCUGCGUCUUCGAGGUCCUAUCCAGUCCAGCAUCGUCCUCUUCAUGGUUUUGAUGCAAGCAAUCGGCCUCAUAACAAUCCGCGUGUACAUCGAAAACAUGUCGCCUUCGGCUUUCCGCACAGUCUUCGCCUUGCAAUGGAUCUGGCCUGUUGCUGCUGGUCUGGCCUUCCUCAUCAUGCCCGAGUCACCGAUUUUUCUCGUGCAGAAAGGCAAGAUUGAUGCUGCAAAGAAGACGUUGUCUCGCCUCUACGGGUCUAAAAACCACAUCAAUGCCCGCCUCGCGGUCCUAUGCAAGCAAGUGGAGCAGGAGCGCUCGCAGGCUGAAGCACAUGGUAAUGCUGGCUACCUCGAACUGUUCCGGGGCACCAACCUUAAGCGAACCUUCACAGUCUUCUGGCUCUUCUUUGCUGCCGGACUUAACGGCGCGUCCUUGUUGUCCCAGAAUACUUACGUCUUGAUCAUCGCUGGACUUCCAGCCGUUCACGCAUUCGAUGUCGGUAUCGGAGGCUUUGGUCUAGCCAUUGUAGCAAUCGUGUUCAGCUGGUUCUACAUGGAGAAGUUUGGUCGUCGCUCGAUCUGGCUUGCCGGUGUCGCUGUCAAUGUAGUGAUUAUGGCGGCCAUUGGUGGUCUGUACUACUCAACAUCCAAAGGUAGUCUGUGGGCCGUUGCUAUCCUGAUGAAUGCACUCAUUGCAUGGCAACUUCUCACCAUAACCUCCAUCGGAUGGGUGAUCACCGCUGAGGUCUCAUCCUAUCGCCUACGAGCAAAGACACAGUCGAUCGGUGUGGCCUCAAACGCCGUAGUGACAUGGCUGUUCACCUUCACAGUACCAUACAUGUACAACACAGAUGCUGGUAAUCUGGGCACUCGCACUGGGUUUGUGUUUAUGGCCAGCUCGGUGCUUCUCUUCAUCGGGUCAUGGAUCUUGGUACCCGAUCUGCAUGGCUUCACCACAGAUGAGGUCGACUGGUUGUAUUCGCAAAAGAUUCCGGUCAGACACUUCCAGCAGUAUGCUGAUGGAAGGGCGAAGGAGGGUGCGGCGAUGAGGGUUGACACGACGGGUAAAUGA